UCUGGAUUUGUCUUUCCGACAGGCUUUAUAAGCUAAGACCACGAAUGCUUCCAUCUCGCCAAUAAUAAAGUUUUAUCUCGGGGUGGAUUUUGAAAUUCCUUAAAUUGUAGACAUGGAUCAAACCAUCCAAAUGUGUCGGCUUUGCCUGGAAUCCGAAAAACCAUCGGUAACAUCCAUGAACGAUGGGACAUUCCGGGCCAGAUUGACUGCAGUUUCCAACUUUAUGUUCGAGGACAGUGACCAACUUACUUCGAGUGUAUGCUCGGAGUGUUCCGAAAGGAUCAACCAGUUUUACACGUUCAUGGAAGCAGUUCGAUGCAACCAGGAACAGCUUCAGCUAUCACUUCCACCCACUCAGAUCAAGUGUGAGGUAUUUGUGGAAUCGCCGUAUGUGGAGCUCGGUUGUGCUGUAAAAAAGGAAGAACUGCCAGAGAUAGACACACCCGAAACGAUCCACGUGGAAGUCGAGAUGUUUGAAGACCCUCUAACUGCAGAGAAGAGUGAGGCCGAGGAAGAGCCAGCAUCGUCUUUGUCGAUCGAAGAUGAGGAAUCUGUGGAAAUUACAGACGAGGAUCGUCUAAUCAAGGAGUUUUUAUCCCUGAAGUGCGAUACGUGUGCAGAGUCAUUUGAAACCUUGAAACAUCUGAAGUCGCAUGCAAAGAAGGUUCACAACACACAAGCAGUGCUGCAAUGUUGCAACAAAAGUUUUUCUCUCAAACACAAAAUGAUUUUCCACAUCAACACUCAUUUGAAGCCGUUCAAAUGCGACGAAUGUGACAGAGGUUUCCCGGACAAGACUGCUCUGAAUGUUCAUUACAGCGCCAAGCACAUCAGCAGCGAAGAGAAACAAUUCAAAUGCGAGAAAUGCAAUCGGUCAUUCCAAACGGAACAAAAGCUCCGGACACACCGUCGGUUGCACGACCAGGUGGAGUGUCCGAUUUGCAUGAAGAGCAUUUCGAACAUGUAUCUUCUGAAGUCGCACAUAGCGAGGAUGCACAGCGGCGAGAGGAAGUUCAUGUGCGACGUUUGCGGUAAGGAUUUCAAAUCCCGCAGUGCUGUUGAUUCGCACAAACUGAUACACAAGGAACUGAAACGGGAGGAUGGAGCGCAAUGCGAGAUCUGCCACACUUGGAUAAGCAGGAAACAGCAUCUCAGAAAACACAUGAUGCAUCAACACCAGGCCAAGGAGGUCACCUGCGAUAUUUGUCACAAGGUCUAUCCGAACGAGAAAGGUUUGGGCAUGCACAAGAAUCGAGUGCACGUGGAGGAAAAAUUCAAGUGCGAAAUCUGCGGGAAACGGUUCAAGCGAAAUCUAAACUUGCAGGAACACCGCGCUGGCCACAUGGGUCAGAAGCUGUACUCGUGCGAAUUUUGCGGAAUGGAGAUGAACUCGAAUGGGAAUUUGUACUCACAUAAAAAGAACAAACACCCACUGGAGUGGAGGCAGGCUAAGCAGGGGGCGUCCAAGUUUAUUGACUAGAUAGGGACG